AUGGUGUAUGGAUUGGGAUCUAAUAGUAAGGGUCAGCUCGGGUUAGGACACAACACAUCCAUCCAUACACCACAACCAGUGCCACAAUUAUGCCAUAAAAAUAUACAUCAGUUUAUCAAUGGAUGUGACUUUGUAUUGGCUGUCAAUACGGAUAAUAAUGUGAUAUUCAGUUUUGGUUGUAAUAGUAGGGGACAAUUGGGACGGGAUGCGAAAACUGCCAUUACCAGUGAAGGACAAGUGUUUAUGUGGGGAAUGUGGGACUUAACAGAAAAAGAGAAACAAAACGUUUUGAAUGAAACCAAAAGUCUAAUCAAAGUUCGGUCAGAAGACCUCAAACCGGAUAAUGUGUUGAUUUCAAUGGACGGAGAAAUAAAGUUAUGUGACUUUGGUUUGGCUAAAGAGAUCCCAAAUUGUGAUCCGUUUCUUAUGUCUAAAACCAAACAUACGGAAAAUGUUGGCGAUGAGGAAUAUAUGGCACCGGAAGCCAUGACAAGUGAUUACAACAAUUUGAUAGAUAUCUACAGUCUAUCCCUAAUUGGGGCUCAAAUUUUUGGUUUCAAUAAAAAGGAUAUAACUGACGGAAAUCUUAACGGAAGCUAUACUGAUAAUAUUCAUGAUAUGAUAUUUAUGACUAAAAUGAAUGCAUUAUUGGUGUCAAUGGCUGUCAAUAAGUAUCGCAAAAACGGUUCAACAGAUUGGAGGCAAAGACCCGAAUGUUUCAUAAAGUUAUGUGACUUUGGUUUGGCUAAAGAGGUCCCAAAUUGUGAUCCGUUUCUUAUGUCUAAAGCUAACCAUACGGCAGGUGUGGGAACUGUUGACUAUAUGGCACCGGAAGCACAGAUUAAUGAAUACAACCAUUUGAUAGAUAUCUACAGUCUAUCCCUAAUUGGGGCUCAAAUUUUUGGUUUCGAUACAUACGAUUUAAUUGAGGGAAAAAACAGGGGAAAUCAAUGA